GAAGUGAGGGACCUGAAACUGCUCUUCCAACGCUACGAUGUCAAUGGGAACGGCUGGAUCAACAAGAAGGAGCUGGUGCAACUGGUCGAGGACGUGGUGCCGGAGAUUGCCCACGAGAAGGCCAUGCGCCCGCAGCUCCUAAGCUUGAUGAGCGCAGCCCUGGAAGAAGAAUGGAGAGGAUUGAACCUGGACGAUUUCCUGAAGCUCAUGGGUCUUUUCCGGGACUUCAAGGACAAGGAGCGGCUCCGAAAAGAGCAGUCGGCGAUCAAGGAGGCAGGUUUCAACCACCAAGAGGUCGCUGAUUUCCGCGAGCUCUUUCUGAACUCUUUGGAAAACUCUCAGGAAAUGAACUUCCAAGAGUUCUGGCGAAUGAUCAAUAGCAUCACCCCCUUGGGGAAAGCACUCAGCGAGGAGCUUGAGGUGAAGUUUCAAGAGAUUUGUGCUCCACGUGAAGAAGCGGAUUUCCCCGACUUCCUGCUGCUCAUGAAGACCUUGCUUGAAGAAGACUUCGGACACAUCCGCGAGAGGAGCGCCAAGAAGAGCGCCAAGAGUCGACGAUAGCCGCUGCUGCUUCGUGAAAACUCGGUGGAUCGCCUGAGCAGACGCUACGAACGGGGCUCCUGGC